AUGCAAGCGGUAGGCAACAUUUCUCCGGGUCAAUUUUGGCACUCUAAUGCGGGACUCAGGAAAAAGCUGCGGUGCUCCGGAACAUUGCCUUGUUCACUCUGCCUUCGGUCGGGGGUUGACUGCGAGUACAAUGCGGAAUAUACCAGAGGCAAGAAAACCGACAUUCCUCUGCUUGAUCAGCGUGAGUUCACGUCUCCGAGGUCUCCAUCUGCCACGAAAGGCCAGUCACUACCAAACGCCAAUACGCGAGCAUUGAACUCAGCGCAGCCUUCGUUGGAACAAUCUGUUGUCUCUACGGACGAUAGAUCCCUCCCGGCAACUGCAUCUCCCAUACAUGCUCAGACUGCGGCCGCAGAUCGUGAAGCGACAUCCUACGGCAUGGAGAUAGCAUCAACUCAAGAACUGUACAAUUCACGACUCUCGAAUCCCCACUUAGCUGCUCUGCAAGGAGAAGAAACCGGCGCGGCAUCCUCGCGCACCUCCCCCGAGAGAGAUCAAACCGAUCUCGAAGGACACUACGUAGGCCCGUCUUCCGGAGUUUCCUUUUUGCUACGGGUUCAGAAGCGAAUCCACGAAAAUGUAGCUGUCUUCUCAAAUGGGCCAAUCUUCAAUUUUGGCGACGCGGCAUUACCUAGACAUGAUCCGCAUUUCUUGGUUCUUCCACCAAAAGACGAAGCAAAGGUUCUGGUGCAUCGCUAUUUCGAUUUUGCAUUUCCGACUCAUCGCUUUCUACACCAGCCUACCGUUGAAUCAUGGCUCGAGGCAUUCUACUCGGGUGUGCAUGGACCAGAAAUCAUCAUGAGCCAAGCAAUAAAGGCUCUGCUGCUGAUGGUGAUGGCCCAAGGAAAGCAAUACAUUGGUGACCAGGAUACCCUAGUUGCUCAGUCUGUGAAGAGUAAUGUUUACUUCGCAGCUUCAGAAAAUCAUCUACAAUCAGAGACGGGCUCGGUAAGCCUUGCAAGUAUUCAAGCCCGACUUGCACAAUGUUUCUAUUUACUAUCAGAAUCCAGAGUGAAUCACUGCUGGAGCCUGUUUGGUACCACCGGUCGCCUUGCUCUUGCAAUUGGACUCCACAGACGCUGGCGACGUGAGGCUAUACAUGACCACGUUGAGAGUGAGUGUCGCAAACGGGUGUUUUGGUGUGCAUACAGCUUGGAUAUCUACCUGAGUGCUGCUUUGGGCCGGCCAAAGAUUUUCCACGAUGAAGACAUUGAUCAAGUAAGUUACCCUGUGUCCCGAGGUGUUCGUAACUCCUCUAAAAGUCCCAAGCUUCUUCCGACAUGCGCGAGUGAUAGCCAGGUCACAAGAAGCGCGAUAUUACCAAACCUCUCUCAUGGCCAAAAUAUCAUGCUUGCGCCUGUGUUUCACGCAAAGCUAGUCCGAGUCAUAAGUGGAAUUCUGAAAGACCUUUACGGACUUCAACAGAAGAAUGUCGAAGCACAGACAGUGAUCGCACAAAAAUAUGGCGCUGACCUUGCGGAUUGGCGCAGUGGCAUUGGUCCAUUCCUUGAAACCCCAAACAUCGAACUGCUCCAGGCCACAUACCAGAGACAGUAUAAUGUUCUUAAUUUUGCAUUUGCGCACGCAGAAAUUCUAUUGUACAGGCCAUUCCUCCUUCGAAACCUCGCGAGUCUAGGAAGACGCUCUGGCAUCAAGCAUUCAAAACCACAGCAAGACAUACAAGCCAACAUUGAAAAAUGCCUACACGCAGCCUCAAGGAUUGUAAGACUGUUCAAAGAGCUUUGCAGAUCAAAGAAGAUGUACAGGUUUUUCUGGUUCACACACUACUACGUCUUUUGUGCAAUUGUUAUCCUAUAUGUGUAUGUGAUACAAAAUCGCUCAGCCUCAGCACAGGAUCUCGUACAAUAUCUACAGAUGGGAGAAGAAGCUCAGAAUGAACUUUCCAAAUGUGGAACACAGACAUCUUUCCCCCAGCGCUAUGUGGUCGUCCUCGAAGAGCUCCGAAAAGAGGCCAUGAGGCUUAUGGAACAGUCCUCAGGAAGAACCGAAACUCGGGACGAGCCAGUAGAGCACCAUGCCAAAUCCGGAAAUCCUACGACCGAGACCACAUUGUCUCACCAAGUGAUUGAUGCCAGCACUUACAGUGACACGUUCAACAAUGAGUUGGGAGAGUCGAAAUCGGCGGGCUGGAUGACGAACUUUGCCCAAGACCACAGUCCGGCAUCUUAUCUUGCAGAUAUGACGGGAUGGGGUGAAUUUGAUUCGCUCGUUCUGACGGGGUUGGGAGAGUUGAGCGAGAUGUUCCCUGACAAUGAUGGACAAUACUAG